ACUGAGGGAAGCCAGAGAAUAUUAUCGAACGACUGUCGAGACAAAGGCUCAGGCUGCCGCGAGCCGAUUUAUGCGAAAUCGAUGCGAAUUAUAGCGAGAUGCGAACUCUCGCUUUACGCUUGCCCGGCGCUAUGAUGCCUCCGCAAGAGGCUGAGACGUCGGGUCUCAAACAUUACUUAUAGUUUGUCAAGUAACUUUCCCAACUCUGCUAUUAAAGACCGCCAACCCUCGGUAAACUUUCAUGACCAUGAAACGGGCCGCGAGGCCUGGAGAGGGGCACAAGUAAACAUUAGAAAUUUACCGGUCCUAGGUAUGACGCCGGCUGAAUCGAGAAAGUCUAUGGAUUCAGGUACCACGUUUCAUAAAAAGAAGAAGAAGCAUUUCAAGUCAACGCUCCGUACGUACGAUAGGCUUCACCAAGUAUAGCUUGACCGUGCUUAGAAUUCGCACACUUCAUCGAAUUCAUCCUGUAAAUCCGUGACUUCACAAUGCAACGGAGACCGCGCUCGCCGAUUUGUAAGAGUAUUCGCCGGGAGAGCGCGCCUGCUCCCGGGAACGCUCCAGACAAAACGCGCGAAAAGCGAACACGUGAACGCUGCGAGACGUUCACGUGUAAAGCGCGAAUAAGCUCGAACCGGAGCUGAGCCGUGCCCGCGAAAAGCCCGACACUCGCCUUUGUGAAGGGACACGCGCCGGUCCUACUUCAAAUACAGUCUAGUUUGAAAGGAACGAAUUAAGAUUGUAAUUCGUCACGUGAUGGACGGACUCACGCCGUUGCAUCUGGCGGCGUACAAUGGGGACAAACACUUCGCGACUGUCCUCUUGGACAACGGGGGUCAAGCGAUGGUCGAUCUGAGCACCAGUCGACAGCAAACGGCGUUGCACCUGGCGACUUGGCAGGGACACUGGUCGCUCGUCGAGCUGCUGGUGCAGCACAACGCGAACGUCGGCCUCGUCAACGACAAAGGUGACACCGCGCUGCACAUUGCGAUAGCCGAGAGCCUGGAACAACAGCCUACCGAGCCUACACUCCAAUGUAGGCAGGAUUCACCGCUGAUAUAUGCCAUCUGGCAGAAGCUGGCGAGGCAAGGCGCAAGAACUGAAUUGGCAUUGGCUUGCUUCCUGGUAAGCAUGGACAGAAGUUGUAAACUUCUUGAGCAGUUCAGAAACAACAAGGACCAGACGCCGCUCGAUCUUCUGGAAGGCACUCCACAGGCCGCUCUGCUCGCCAAUCUUUUACGCUCUUACAAAUACCAAGGUCACAGCACGCAGUUAGAGAUAGAGAACAACCCAGCGACCAGUCACUUCGAGCCGGCGUCUUCUGGCACGAACGUCACGCCAGUCACGCGUGAUAAUGCGAACGAGAAGUCGUUUGAGUACGCGAUUAGAAGUCGUUUGACCGAAGGUGCGUACAGUAACGUGGAGGAGCUGUUGGAGGACGCGGAUAAAAGCAAGGCAGGCGUGGAUGUGAGGCGAGAAUUCCCCGAGAUUUAUCCUAGCGGGGUGAACGCGCGUAUUCUCAUAAGCAGGGAAACGUACCUUCACGUGGCCGCGUGCCAAGGUUGGGAUGAGCUCUGCGCCCUCAUUCUGGACACCGACAUGACCUCUGUGCACGCGAAAGACAAUAAUGGAAAUACGCCGUUGCAUUACGCGGCAUUCGGGAAUCAGAUGGAGAUAAUACAGCAUCUGUUGGCGUAUGGCGCGGCUAUCAAUGCCGUCAACGACAGCAAAUGUAGCGCUCUACAUGUGGCGGUUAACAAGCGGGCCGAGAACGGUGUGGGGAUGCUACUGUUUCAUGCAUGCCAUGUCAAUCUCCAGAAUGCGCACGGCAAUACGGCGUUACACGAAGCGAUCGAGAGGAACAAGCUCGAGAUCAUCACGAUGUUGACUGACCAGCUGACGGUUGACUUAACACUACGGAACGACCUGGGCUGCAACGUCCUGCAUCUUGCCGCGCUUAAAGGCAACGCUGACGCGAUGGAGUUUCUGGUUCUAUGCCCGCAAUUUGCAAUUAAUACGCAAUUAGUGGACGUCAAAAUAAAGGAGGAUGGAUUUGCACCGUUGCACCUGGCGGCGUUAAACGGACACAGGGAAGUUGCAAAUAUUCUUCUGUCACUGCCCGGCCGCCGCGCCAAGGUCGAUCUGCGCAACAAUCGGCGGCAAACGCCGUUGCACCUGGCGACUUCGCAGGGCCACUGGUCGCUCGUUGAGCUGCUGGUGCAUCACAACGCGGACCUCGGUAGCACGGACGAAGACGGUAACACCGUGCUACAUAUCGCGAUAGCCAAGAGCACGAAUCAACAGUCUGCCGUGCCUACAUCCGAAAGUAGCCGGGAUUCACCGCUAAUAUAUGCCAUCUGGCAGAACCUGGCGGAGCAAGGCGCAAAGACUCAAUUAGCAUUAGCUUGUUUCCUGAUAAGCGUGGACAAAAGUGGCACACUCCUCGAGAAGGCCAGAAACAACCAGAAGAAGACGCCGCUCGAUCUUCUGGAAGGCACUCCACAGGCCACUCUGCUCGCCGAUCUUUUACGCUCUUACAAAUACCAAAGUCACAGCACGCAAUUAGAGAUAGAGAACAAUCCAUCAACCAGUUACGUUGAGCCACCUACGUAUCGGAUAGACAACAUAUCGCAGUCGGAAGGAUUGCGUGGCGCGAAGAAGAAUGUAGCCGGUUCUGGCGACGCAGCGGAGUGUCGGAAUUCCUCGGGGAUUAUAGCAGACGCGAAGCAGGAGAACCGAAUUGACCCUAGCAGUAGCGUUACGCUCGUUGGUUGUGCACGUCGCGGCCAUACCGUCGUUAAAACGCAAGCGCUUCAAGACGGUCAGCUGGCGACAGGUGAGGGUUCCAUAGCCAAUCCGGAGGACAGAUCGAAGGACUCGUUGGAGGGCAAACGGAAGGAGGAGAUCGUCGACAGGGAGAAGGAAAAGGACAAGGAACGACUAUGUUACUUGGAGACCAGAGUCGCGGAUCUCGAGAAAGCGAAUACGUGCAGCAUCUGCAUGGAGCGUCGUCGUAAUGUUGCCUUUCUUUGUGGACAUCGCGCGUGCGAGCACUGCGCUGCACCGCUGAAAACCUGUCAUAUGUGCCGCAAAAGAAUCACGAAGAAGAUCAAUUUGUGUUAGAUAAUCGCACGCUUGUAUAGAGACGUUUAUUUCCCACGCGUUGCGCGAAUGUACGUCGUGUCUCGGGAGGAAAGGCCGGUACCAAUGAUAAUAAUAGUAAAACUGUCCUGUUGUGUCUAGUUUUAAACAAUUUAGAUUCUCCACACCGGGACGAGAGACAUGCGUUCAGAGGAAUUACUUUAUUCGCUAUAUUGCACGUUCCUCCCGAGAUACACUGGUAAUUUGCAAUAGGAAAUUCUGCCAAUCGCGGUAUCAGCGUAGGAAAGUGUUUACCAAUUAAUCGUGACAAUGCGUGCAUUGUGCGCUGAAGAAGUUAAACUGCCAAAAUGUAUAUUUCUUUUCCGCGACAAUUUGUACGAAGGGACGAAAGAGAUGAAGCUCUCCGUUAUAUCGCACCAUCGUCGUGCCAUAGCGAAAUAGGUUGUUCGCUCGGACACGAGAUAACUUGGUCUUACGUUACCUUCCGUUUUCUCUUCCGGUAAAUUGGUAAUCGAUUAUUAAAGAUAAAUUAGUAUCUUGUGUCCCGACGAACACGUGCGACUACGUUUGUACAUCGUGUACGUUUUUCCUUCCUCACGAAAUCAGCGUUUUCGCCUGUGCUUUAUCCCGUCCAUUUUUUAUCCAUGUUUGAAGAGAGCGCGGGUAACGAGCACGAAAGAACGAGCUUCCCAUCUCGGCGUAGGAAACGCGAUCGUGCUUAUGCGACAGCAAUCAUAGGAGCUCAUAGAGACGUUCGUACAUAUCGCCACAUUAUUGCGAGGAGAGAAGAAGAAUACUGUUUCCACGUGUUUGAAAACCUUCCAAACUGUGUGGACAAUUCUGCUGCUUUACUCGCGCAGUAGAAGGAAAGGGGGCACAUUUAGAUAAUUCCUCAUUUAUCGUCUCGAUUUUUACGUUUUAUACUUGAGAAGUUUUUCUCUAUAAAUUUUUGCCGAGAGAGUUUUUGCUGAUUAAGUUUUGAAAAUCUUUGUCACUUUUUUAAAUGUUAUUAAUAGUAAAGUGGAGUUGUACUAUUGUGUACUCGCUACUUGGCAAGGCUAGAUAUUUAAUACGAUUUAAGUAUCGCGAUGGAAUGUUUUCCGUGUUCUACAUUGCACGGUAUCCCAGAGCAUUCCGAUAGAAGUGGCGAAAGAAUCUUUGAUACUUAAUAUUCAUAUUGCGCAAAUCCAAAAGUCUGUGCGGCGUUUAAAUGUAUCCCCUUUUCCCCCCACGUCGCAUUUACGUCGUUCGAUGAACGUUCCGCGUAAUUGAUUAAGACACGCUAAAGGGAAACAUCUAGUCUUAUAGCCAAAUUUUCUAGAUAGAAUAAUUGUACUCGUUUUGUAUAUACAAAGUGAUUCGUUUGUGAUCGAAUGCGACAGCAGUGGAACCAAUUAAUUUUAAGCGCGCUUCCCGCUGCGAACGCACCUUCGAACGAAAGGAAAGUUCGCGUAUAACAGAAAAGCCGACAUUUGCCGUGGUGUAAUUAAUUAAGCUUAUUAAAUUAAACACGAGGAUCGGUCUUUUGGGGAUUCUCAGGAUUACCGGAGAAAGAAACUCUACGGAUGUGAUUUCUGGAUGAAUUUUUUUCCCAUCAGUAUUAGACUUCUUGCCUUUCUACUCAACACAACGAAAAAGAAAACUCGGACUCGGGACGCGUCCCGUUUGAUACGAGAAAAUCGUGAGAUGUACUCCGGAGCGUAUCGAAGGAUACGUAAUCAAUUGAUUUUUUUUUCAUGUCGGCUAGCGUAAUUUCUAUACUGUUGGCUGGAGAAUGAUUUUUAUGAAUUAUUACGCGCCGAGGCGGUUCUUUCAGGGUAACGCAUCGCGAAUUUUACGUUCACGACGAGAAACGUACGAUUUGCGACAAUGCCAAUCUGAUUUGAAGAUAUUACUUUUCUUCCUUUAUCUUUUUCCCCUCUCUCUCUCUUCAUACCUUUCAGUUUUUAUAAUAAUAGCUGUAUUGUCGUUUAGAUAUUUGCGGCGUAUACUGCGAAAGAUGUUAUAUUAUGACAAAGCUGCAGCGUAUUCUCUUAAGCGUCGAUAGAUUUCUACAAUUGUAAUUUAAGACAUAAUUUAAAUAAACAAUUUGACGGUAGACGAA